AUGAAAUGGGUGCUGAAAAGUGUUAAAAAGAAAUCCAAAGUUUUGCAGUCGAAUUUAAGUCAGAAAAAUGAGGCACUGGAUGAAAAUUUGGAAUUUAAAAGUCCCAAAAAAAUUCAGAAGGGUAAAAUGGAAAGUUUAGUCCAAAGCGAAGAUGGUACCAUGUCGUCAUUAAGCAAAGCUAAUCCAUCAAAAGGUCAAUCGAAGAAAACUGACAAAAAGAGGCAACAAGAAAAGAUUUCUGGUGAACCGAAAUUUUGUAAAAGAUCAAAAUUUGAUAAAACCAAGGAUGAUUGGACAGUUGGGGAUGUAGUAGCGGCAUAUGGUGACUGCUCUCGUAAAGGUAAGUGGACACCAGCAAUUAUCGUUUCGGCAAAUGCACUAAAAGCAAGUAUGAAAGAGGCACUGGCAGUCGAUGAGGAUGAUAUAAUAUUAAGAAGCUUUCGAGAUAGUAAAUAUUUUUGCUCCGAGCCUAACACUUUAUUACCGCUGGAAGCAAAUGCUGUCAAAAGUUCGGAAGUCUUUUCGAAAAUUGCACUUGAUCGUGCUAAUCCUGUCUUUCUAGGAUUGCUUCCAGCAGGUUGGGAGCAUCAUCAAAUAUUUGGUGGCGAUAAAACAAACUUAAAACCGAAGUCUGAAUCAUCUUUUUCCCAUAAAAAAGUCGCAGCUUCAAAUAAGAAAGAAAUGCCGCGCCGCCAAAAAGCCAAGGAAGUGAAAAGAAAAGCGGUUAGUUCUGAAUCUUCAUCUUAUGAAGAAAGCAGUGAAGGUGAAGAAUAUGGAGCAGAAAGGGAUCAGUUUACUGCGCAACUCUAUAAAUUUCAUGAGGAAAGAGGAACACCUAUUAAUAAAGCGCCUAUCCUUGGCGGCAAAGACAUCGACAUGUUUCGAUUGCACAAUGUUGUCCAGAUGUAUGGUGGUAAGAAGAAAGUAACCGAGCAUAGUAAGUGGAAAAAAGUUCUGUGCAGAAUGCGACUUGAAGGAUGUCCUGGGGCAACACCGAUUGCAGUAAAAAAUGCUUAUUCACGAUAUUUGGAUCAUUUCAACAGUUUCUAUCGUAAUCUCGGACUUUCUGAUUGGCCUACACAUUCUACUUCUUCUCGGAGUGUUCGACUGCCUCGCCCAACUGACCGCGAAAUAGAGCGGUACCAUAGGAAAAAGGAAAAUAUUAAAAAAAAGGAUAAGAAAACAUUGGAAGCUGGUGGGAAAACUGUAAAGGACAAGAGAAGAUUAUCAAAAUUGGGGAAGGAAAAGGAGGGUAAAAAGCAAAAUAUGAAGGGAAAGAAACUGAGUGAUAUUAGGCGUGAAAAAAAACAAUCGGCAUCAUCAGAAAGUUCAGAAUACUCAAAACUAGUUUCAACUACUGAUAAAUUAAACGCAACUUCGAAUUCCAAACAGUGGGAAAAUAAAGAUAUUAAUGUUGAAAACGAGGGCAAGCUGAAGGAAGAAAUAAUCGCAUAUGAGGAAAAAAGCUAUAGUGAUCGUGGUAAAAGCGAAGAAAUUAGCGAAUUGAGAAGCAGAAGAAGGAGAAAAACUUCUGAAAAUAUCGAAGAAUUGUUGAAGAAAGUCUGUAAAUCUCCUCAAAAACCGAGUAAGAAUUUGGGUUUCAGUGAAAGAAAGCGGAGGCGCAAAAAUUCUGAUGACUGUGUUGUGAAACCGAUAAGUGAAAAAAAACGCAAAAUGAUUCGAAAUUUACGAAUAAAGAAAGAACCGACAAUGUCAUUUGAAGAUAGUGAUGAUGAAGGUGGCACGCAAUUAUCUCGUCAUAGCGGAAGAAAAAAACAAAGUGGGAGAGCUCGGAGCACACUGUCACCUUCGUCUAUUAGUAGUGGGCAAACGAAAUACUCUGAGUUAUCACGAGAAGGUGUGAAUAGAUCUAAAACAAGAGAUAUUGAUAUGAUAGAAAAGAAGGAAGCAGACUUUGUUGCAGUUACACCUUUAACUCGAUUUUCGAUAGGUCAGGAUGUUCUGGCCUAUCAUAAUGGUAAUUGGUAUGGUGCUAGAAUAGUAAAAGUUGAAUAUCAAGCGGGUAUAGAAGAUAUUGUCGUGCUACUGAGUGAAUAUGAAGAGAGAAAAAAAGAAACAGAUGGAAAUGCGGAUUCGGUGAGGAAUACUGCUGAAAUUUGGUUAAAUUGUCAGUUGGAAUCACAGCUUGAAAAUACUAAUUGCUUUCUGCAUUAUCUAGGUUGGAAUCCUCGUUAUGAUGAAUCGGUCAAUUGUUCUCGUAUUCGUGUCUUAAGAAAGGAUUGGAAUAGUUCACUUUGUAUGUUUAAAAAAUACGCUCUUGAUACUAUCUCUGUCGACACUAUAAAUCUUGCCGCAGAAUGGCGAUCAGGCGAUACGUUUCAGUCGACUCGCAUAAAACCAACUAAUAGCACUGAUCAAAGUAAAACAAGGACGCGUCGUAUAUCUGCUUCACAUUAUGAAAGACAAGCUACAAAAAUUGAACAGAUUGAAACUAUCUCAAGAGCACGAUCUCAAUCUAAUGCAUCGAUAGGGUCGAAAGUACGAUCUGAUAUUACUCCUUCUAGAUCCACACCUUCACCUAAAAUUUCUGCUUUUGCACCAUCAAAAGCAGUAGCUUCAUCAGAACUUGCGGAUACUGUUACUUCAUUUAAUAUGUUAUCAACUUGUGAACUUGAGUCAUCAACUCAGUCUUCGGCAGCAACCAUUCCUGCUUGUUCAUAUGAAGAACUUGAUAUUGCUGCUGUGGGAAAAACUUCAUUACUUCCAAAUAGCGAAUGCAUUUCAUAUUCUGCAAGGUAUUCGGAUUCGGAUGUUCAGUUAAAUGUUGACCCAAGUAAGAUGCUAUUUAGCGAUGAUAGUUUUACAGCUCAGAACGCGUUGAUUGAGGAGGAAUCCAGUAACAAAAUAGCUGAGAAUAUGGAUUCUAAUAGUUCGGAGGCAUCUGCUUCUAUAACAUGUUGUGCUUCAUUCGUGCGCAAAGCUGAUCAUUGUUGCAGCACUAUUAUUUAUCCAUAUUUCAGUUCUUUUACGGAAGAGAUAUAUGAGCAUUCUCAAGGCAAUUUCUAUAUUUCUUCUCAUUCCGCUGCACAACUAUCAAUCAAAUCAAAAAAUGAAUCUCAUCGCAGCAAGGAUCAUCCAAAAAGCAUAGUUGUACCGGAGAUUCACCAAGUUCCCCAAGAAAUUUUGGAAUCUCUUAGUCAAAAAUUCGAUGAAAACGAAGUUGCGACUGUCUCAUCAGUAGCAAGUGGGGUUUUCAAAUUGGAAGAAAAACUUAGAGGGAGCUCUUCCGCUUCAACUGGUGUUACUGAUGAUUUACAGAGCGGUGAGGUACCCGCAGGUGAAAUCGAUGAUGAUCAGGCUGUCGGUAUAUCGCAUUCACGUUUUCAACGUCAUAAAUCAGUUCGUGGUGGCACAAGGAGAAAACGUUAUAAAAAUCGUCGCUCUUCGCUCUCCGAUAAGAAAAAUGUUAAAUGCGGCAGAAAUAGUGAGAAUACGUUUGAUUCAGACGAAGAUUCUGAAAGUGAUAUUGAAGGAUGUACGACAACAAGAGACAAUUUGCAUGCUCUUAAAAUACGAAUACAGCAACAAAUCGGCGAUGAAAUGCUUGAAGAAGCUGCAUUAUCGAUGGGUUUACCUGGAAUUGAUAUAACAGCCAGUCAUGAGGUGAAAAUUAUUCAGUAUUUGGAAAGGAUGCAGAAAAUACGCGAGUUAUAUGUUGAAGCGAAAGCUAAACAGGUGCGAUUGGAUCGCAGAUUUCAGCAGCGUGAACGUGAAAGAAAAAAAGAAGGAAAUAUUUCUCAUUAUGAUGAUCCGUCGCACUAA